CCUCCGUCGCCCUGUCAGUGAGCUGCAGCUGCCGCCAUGGGCCACAACCACAUCUGGCCGCUGUUGCUGCUACUGCCGCUCGGCUGUCGCCAGGCCGCCGGGGCCAGCGAAGCGGCGAUGAAGCGGCUGCACGAGGACCUGCUCAACAACUAUGACCGCCGCGUGCGACCCGUGCAGGACUCCUCCACCGUCACAGAAGUCACCUUCCACAUGGACAUUCACGACGUCGAUCUGAUGAGUCACGACAUGCUGGGAGUUGAGACCUGGACUUACUGGGAAUGGAAGGAUGAACUCCUGAAAUGGGAUCCGAACCGAUACGAAGGCAUAAAGGAGGUGCUCAUGAGCGCGAAUGCCAUCUGGACUCCGGAGCUGGUCCAUGUCAGCAGAGGCGUAGUCGGCAAUGCGCUGCAGCCCAUGAUGCCACGGGGCGGAUUCUGCCGCGUCACGACAGAUGGCGACGUGUCGUGUAUGGUGGAUGCGGAGUACUACUCGCACUGCGGCGUUGACUUGGCCAAGUGGCCGUAUGACACCCACACCUGCUACCUCAUCUUCAUCAACUGGCUGGAUCUCGACGACGAGGUCAGCAUCAGGCUGCGCAACGGCACGGGGUUCUCCAUCAAGCAUGUGAAGACACAGCGAGACUGGGAAUUGGUGUCCGUCAAAAGUGAAGAGAUACCCCGCCAGAACGACGAUCGCAAAGGCUUCCGCAAAAUCGACUUCUACUUCACGUUCAAGAGGCAUGCGGAGGGCUACGCCGCUACCGCCCUGGCUCCAGCAGUAGUGCUCUUCCUGGCCACGCUGGCGAUGCUGCUGCUCCCACCCUGGGAGGCGGAGCGUUUCUCAGUGGGGCUGUGCCUCAUGGCGGCUCAGUGCCUCUCCCUCACCGACCUCUACCACAACUUCUCUUACGAGAUCACCGUCCCACUAGUCGUGCUGCUGUACCGGGACUCGCUGGUGAUGGCCUGCGUGGCGCUGGUGCUGGCCGUGGUGAUGCGCGCCCUCAUCCAGUCGGAGGUGGAGGCUCCCAGCUGCGUGGCGGCGCUGCUCGACCAGGUGCCCACCUGGCCCUAUGGACUUUCUCUGAUGGCGCAGCCUCGGGAGGAGAGCAGCGGGCGGCGGCAGUCGCGCGGCUCGGCCGUGUGGCGGCAGUUGUCGUCGCUGGUGGACCGCUGCUGCUUCUGCGCCUACUGCUUCACCUGCCUCGCGCUGCUGGUCGCUCUGGUGCCCUAGCGGACUCCGGGCGCGGCCGGCGUCUCUCCACCUGUCGCCUCUCCGCUCCAGCAGUGAACACGGCCCUCCUUCACUGCGGCAAUAACCACUGCUGUGUAUCUGCUGUUACUAAAACCACAAUAAAAAAUACAAAAUGCA